AUGGACAUUCUCAAGGUCCUAUCGCGGGGCAUAAAGCCAAACCCGCAAAAGAAGAAAGCCCAAGCCGCGACGGCGACACCGCUCCCCUCGGCUGGCGCUCUCCCUCGCCCGCAACUGUUCAACGACCCUGUCAAUAUAAACAAUAGAGGCCAAAAAAGGAAAAGGAGGGACGGCGACCAAGGCGAUGGAGCCGACAAUGACUCCGACGGCAGCGAGAGCCCGAGCGACGUCGAUUAUUUUGCGCCGAAGAAGCCUGCCGUUCAGACGGCGCAACCAAAAGCCGAUGCUGAAGCCGGAGCUGAAGAGGCUGUGAAGAAGCGCAAGAUCAAGCUGCUUGAUGAGGACGAGUGCAAGCAGAUUUUGCGGUCGCACAGGCUGAAGUUUACGGUUAUGUCUGGACUGCGGCCGGUAGAGGAGGGCAAGAAAGAGCAAGAGGAUGAGGAGGGGAAGAAGAUAAAGAAGGGCAAGAAGGAUGGUAAGAAGGAGAAGGAAACUGAAAAGAAGAAGAAGAAGAAGAAGAAGGAGGAGGAGGAGGAGGAGGAGGAGGAGGAGGAGGAGGAGGAGGAGGCUUCCAAGAAAGGCGAGAAGGUCCAGAUCUUCCCCCAGCCUCUCAAUUCCUUCGUCGAGCUGCGCACCAUUUACGACAUCGACGCCCAGCUCGCGAACAACAUCCACACGCAGGGCUUCCGCGUGCCAACUGAGGUGCAGAUGGGCAGUUUGCCUUUGCUGCUGCGCCCGAGGAUGGCGCUCAAGAAGACGGCCGAGAAGCACGGGCUUAAGGUGGACAAGCAUGCGGAUAAUGGAAGCGUGGACUUCCUUGCUGUGGCGCCCACCGGCAGUGGCAAGACGAUUACCUUUUUGAUUCCAGCCAUUGAUGGGGUCCUUAGGAGGCGUGCUGCUGAGGGACGGAGCAGGGAUGAUCAUGUGCUUGAGGCAAUUGUAAUUGCGCCGACGAGGGAGCUGGCCAGUCAGAUUGUGAAUGAGGGACGGAAGUUGGCAUUUGGGACGGGUGUUAGAGUUGUGCUGAUGAAAGGACGGAUGAAGAUCCCGGCGCAGGAGAUCGAGGGGAAGCACGCUAAGACGGAAAGUGAGAGUGAGAGCGAGAGCGAAAGCGAGCGGGAGGAGGAAGAGGAAGAGUCUGAAGAGGAGAGCGAGUCCGAGUCCGAGUCGGAGGAUGAGGGCGAGAAGGCAAACAAGGGUGACAAGGAGAAGGGCAACAAGCAUAAGGGCCGCAAGAACAACGCCAACGCCGACAAGCCGCCUACCCGAGUCGACAUCCUUGUCACAACACCCAAGAUCCUGCUCAACUUCCUGACCGGCCGCAGCUCAGGAGGCACGCGCAAGAUCCUCCCCACCGUCCGCUCCCUUAUCCUCGAUGAAGCCGACGUCCUCCUCGACACCAUCUUCCGCAAACAAACAAUGGGCAUCUGGCGCGCCUGCACCAACACCGACGUCAGCCUAACCUGCUGGUCCGCGACCAUGGCCUCCAGCAUCGAAGCCCUCAUUACCAAGCAACUCGACCGCCGCUACAGACAAUACAACGCCUCUCGCCCCCUCAUUCGCCUGGUCGUCGGCCUCAAAGACACCGCCGUCCCCAACAUCACCCACAAACUGAUCUACACGGCCACCGAAAAGGGCAAACUCCUCGCCAUCCGGCAACUCCUCCACCCCGUGUCGGGAGCUGACUCCGGCCCCCCCUUACGUCCCCCCUUCCUGGUCUUCACCCAAACCAUCGAGCGCGCACAAGCCCUCUUCGAAGAACUCCAGUACGACAUCCCCAUUGAAGCGGGCGGUCCUGCUCGCUUGGCCGUGCUCCACUCUUCCCUAACCGACACCGCCCGGUCGCGGAUCAUGGCCCGUUUCCGCGCCGGCGAGGUCUGGGUUCUUAUUACCACGGACGUCUUGGCGCGGGGUAUCGACUUCCCCGGCGUCAAUGGCGUAGUCAACUACGACGUGCCCACCUCCGCAGCGUCAUACGUCCAUCGCGCAGGCCGCACAGGCCGCGCCGGCCGCGAGGGCGGCGUAGCAGUAACCUUCUACACGAAAGACGACAUCCCCUAUGUCAAGAGCAUCGCGAACGUGAUUGCGGCCAGCGAGAGGCAGGCGGGGAAGGAUAUGGAUGCGCCGGAUGCGGCGGUGCACAGGUGGUUGCUGGAGGCGCUGCCGGAUGUGAAGAAGGAGGAGAGGAGGAAGUUGAAGAGUGCGUGGGAGAGGAGGAAGGAGCAUAAUAGGAGGCAGGCGAUUGAGGCGAGUAAGAGGAGGAAGAAGAUGCAGAUGCAGAGGGAGGGGAAGAAGGGUAAUGAUGGUAGGGAUGAGGGGGAGAAGGAGAAGAAGAAGAAGAAGGAGGAGGAGGAGGAGGAGGAGGAGGAGUGGGGGGGUAUUGAGGAUUAG